UCCCUCUCUCUAUCUCCGUAGGGAUAGAAGAAAAUAAACCCAUUGCUGCUAACCAGGCUAGUUAUGGAACCAUAAGUACUCCGCUUGCCUUCUGUGACUGGCCGAGAGGUGCUUGGCCCGGCACGCAGCGUUUGUAGCUGGCAGAAAAGUGCUCGAAUCGUUUGGGUUUUCGGACCAACUCUUUUUUUAUGUAAAAGUCAAGUUGAAGACACCAGGAGAGGAUUUCAUUAGCCAGCCUCUCUGUGCGCUAGCUAGCUGGGCUAAUCGUAGCCUAGCGAAGGAGCUCUGGAUGAACUUCGCAGGGACCGACUGCUGCGAAUGGGAUAGAAGCCUGCUGCUUACUGCACCUUUCUUUCUGCUUGUACCUUUCGUGGUCUCUAGGAGAGAGACGUAACUGUGUGCAAAUGUUGUUUGGGAGGGCUUACGCCAUCACGUUAUUGAUCUGAGGGGGGGAAAAACCCACGGGCAGGCUAACAGGAUAUUAGCCACCUUCUUGCCACUCCGCUUUGUGGUUGCAGGCCAUGGACUGAAAAGCAUUCAUCACUGACUCGAGUGACGAGAAGGUUGGCUUGAUGGCAGCUAAUUAUUUAUUGGGAGGCAGCAACUGGAUACAGCUAAACGGAGAAGAGGAGCGUUUGCCUUGAACUCCGUCCUCUCCGACAUCAACUCAACUCCCGUUUUUCUUUUUUACUUGAAAAUGCAUCCCGUUGUCGGAGCUUUGUCGAAGUUGGGAUAGAAGAGACGCACAAGAAAACAGCGGGGUUUAUCUCCCCACUGCCGAUCAAGCGUGCACACGGAGAAAUUACCCUAGAUAUUUUUUUUAUAUAUAUUUAUAUAUACAAACAAGAGGAGAGAUAUAAUGUCUACAGCAAAAGAAAACCCUUGCAGGAAAUUCCAGGCGAACUUCUUCAACAAAAGUAAAUGUCAGAACUGCUUCAAACCACGGGAGCUGCAUCUAUUGACUGACCAGGAUUUGACCCAAGCUAAACCUAUUUAUGGUGGAUGGCUGUGCUUGGCCCCUGAGGGAACUGACUUUGACAAUCCUAUGCAGAGAUCCCGGAAAUGGCAGCGGAGAUUCUUUGUGCUGUACGAACAUGGCUGCCUGCGCUUCGCGCUGGACGAAUCGCCAAGCACACUGCCUCAGGGCACUGUAAACAUGAACCUCUGUACGGACGUCAUUGACGCGGAGCCCAAGACUGGCCAGAAGAACUCCCUGUGCAUCAUCACUCCAGACCAGGAGUACUUCAUCAGAGGAGAGAAUAAAGAGAUCAUCAAUGGAUGGAGUGAACAGCUGGUUGUCUACCCCCGGACCAACAAACAGAACCAGAAGAAGAAACGCAAAGUGGAGCCUGCCACCUCCCAGGAGCCAGGUCCAGCAAAGGUAGCGGUGACCGGCUCUGGGAUCCCCGAAGCAGAGAAGGUUCCGGACUCGAGCUCCAUCAUCUGGCAGGAGGAGUUGAAUCAGAGGGAGGCCGAGGGGGCAGCAGUGUGGUCUGCUGCUGACCUGCCUCCAGGAUCACCGCUGCCUCCAGCAGGUGAGUGUGUGUCCAUGGGCCAGGGCUCUGACACUGGUUCAGUGAAUGGCGAUGAGGUGGACCGGGGCAACCUGGCGCUCCACGGCUCAGUACCCCAGGCCCCCAGCGACCUGCUCUCCCCAACGGGCUCCUGCUCCAGCCUGGGAGGAGUCCCCCGCUGCCUCUCCCCAGCCCCCAGCGACCCCUUCCCCUCCGGCAGCUCCCUGCUCUCCAACGGCUCCCAUAUCAGCGGCUCGGUCAGCUCUCUCGACUCUGAUGCCAGCGGCAGUACAGUGACCAGCACCGAAAGCCACCCGGCCAACCAGAGGGGGGGCCACUACAGCCACCAUGACACGCCACGAUCUAGACGGCUGGAGGCCGAGGCCAGAAAGGCAGAGAAGAGGAGCCGGUUCAGGAGCCCUGAGAGACAAGAGAGAGAGGCCGUCCUCAGCCCCGAGAGGAGUCGCUCUGGAGUUAUUGAGAAGUUGGAGGCCUUGGAGCUGGAGAAUCCAGAGAAAAUGGAGGUGGAGGAGUCGGGGAGAAGUGGAGCCAGACAGGGACGGAGUGAGCACAGACGCUUCCAUAGAGAGGAGCAGAGGCAUGACGUGGGUCAGGAUUUCCCCUCCACCCUGCCUCCUCUGAGAAGAGCCAAGUCUUUGGACCGAAGGACCACUGAGUCUGUUAUGACGCCUGAUUUGCUCAACUUCAAGAAGGGUUGGAUGGUGAAGCUGGAUGAGCAAGGACAGUGGAAGAAAUACUGGUUUGUGUUGACCGAUCACAGCCUCAGAUACUACAAGGAUUCAAUUGCAGAGGAGGCCUCUGACCUGGAUGGUGAGAUCGACCUGUCCACCUGUUAUAAUGUAACUGAAUACCAGGCACAACGCAACUACGGUUUUCAGAUUCAUACCCAGGAAGGAGCACACACUCUGUCAGCUAUGACAGCAGGAAUACGCAGGAACUGGAUCCAAGCAGUCAUGAAGAAUGUCCGACCCUCCACGGCCCCUGAUGUGGCCAGCUCGACUGAGGAUCAUGGCUCGUUCACUCCUUUGGAGGGUCUGAUCAGACCAGACGUCACUCAGGACUCUCCUUCCUCCGAGGCCUCGUCUGUGGAGAGGGAAUCCGCCCCGGGCGUCGUGAAGAGCAGAGCGCGCGAACGCAGACGAGAAGGCCGCUCUAAGACUUUUGACUGGGCAGAGUUCAGACCCAUUGCCCAGGCUUUAGCUCAACAAAGGGCACAAGAGGCUGAAAACCUCCAGGCAGAGAUGGGAGAGCGUAGUAAAAGAAGAGAGGACAGACGGAAGAGGUAUGAGUCUGUUACGAGCCCAGACAACACAUCUGUUAAAGAAGGAGGGAGGACUGACUAUGAGAGCGGCGACGGAGUCGAAACCAACGAUCCAUUGGGUCCUAUUUCUGCGGAGAGGGUGGAGGAAGUGAUUGAAGAACACUGGCGACAGGUGGAGAAGACACCCAUACGGGAUGAGAGGAGGGUGCCUCUGCCUACCACAGUGCAGUCCAGAGAGAGCACAGAGCUGGAGAAGCUGCUGGACAAUUACAAGCAAGGGAUGGAGGACCUGAAGGCGCAGUUGGAGAGCUGUCACCAACAGCUUCUUGACUCAAACAAGCACAAGCAGGGACUGGAGCUCCAGUUGAGAACAGCUCUGGAGAGAGAGCAGGACAUCCGGACUGGUUACAUCUCUCCGCUGGAGCACCCUUUGGGUCUGGAGGCUGAUGUGACGCCCCAGACGAAGAGGCCUGAGCUGGCCACCUGCGAGAGGGGCUUUGCCGCCAUGGAGGAGUCCCAUCAGAAGGUGAUCGACGAGCUGCAGAGGAAACACCAGAGAGAGCUGGAGAACCUGCAGGAGGAGAAGGAGAGGCUGCUGGCAGAAGAGACUGCAGCCACCAUUGCUGCAAUCGAAGCAAUGAAAAACGCCCAUCGGACGGAGCUGGAGAAAGAGCUGGACAAGGCUCGCAAGGCCAACAACAACGUAGAGAACGCAGACAUGGAGGAGAUCCGCAGACAGCAUGAGGAGGAGCUGUGUUCCUUCCAGCGGGAGAUCGAGGUGUUGUCUGAGCAGUAUUCCCAGAAGUGCCUGGAAAACGCCCACCUGGCUCAGGCGCUGGAGGCCGAGAGGCAGGCCCUCAGGCAGUGUCAGAGAGAGAACCAGGAGCUCAACGCUCACAACCAGGAGCUCAACAACCGUCUGGCUGCAGAAAUCACUAAGAUGCGCUCCAUGACAUCUGAGGACGGACUGGGAGAGACACACAUCACAAUACAAGGAAAAGAGCUCUAUGAGUUAGAAGUGAUGCUGAGGGUGAAGGAGUCUGAGGUCCAGUAUCUGAAGCAGGAAAUCAACUCCCUCAAAGACGAACUCCAAGCUGCCCAAAGAGACAAGAAAUAUGCAACAGAUAAGUACAAAGACAUCUACACAGAGCUGAGUAUAGUCAAGGCCAAAGCAGAGCGGGAUCUGGGCCGGCUCAGAGACCAGCUACAGCUGGCCCACGAGGCGCUGGGGGAGCCGUCACUGGAGGAGGUGGAGAGAGGAGGAUACGAUAUCAUGAAGUCCAAAAGCAACCCCGACAUCCUCAAGAUGGCAGCGGCUGCAGCCAAACGCUCAGAGCGCACCAUGAGGUCAAAGUCUGUGAAUCGUGACAUGCCCUGGGACAGUUAGGGCUGCCGAGGACGUGUAGGCCUCCUUCCCCCUCUCCUUUAGAGUCUGAAGGAAGGACUGACAGCGGAGCAGAGACUCCACCUGUUUGAAAAUAAAGACACGAAGGAGUUCUGACAGUGACAUGUCAUGUCUGCCUACCUUGCUGCAUGUUUAGAAGUCCACUAUAUUUUAGCUCUGUAAUGACUUAUUUAGUAACACUACACACUGGUCACCAACACAGAUCAUAUAUUAUUAAAAAAAACAUGGUAUGAAGUUUGAAUUUCAUGUCUAGAGUUUGCAUUCCAUGCACUUCAGUUAACUGUGACAUUUUUUGUAUUAUUGACUUUUCUUUGUUCUUUUUUUGCGAUGUCUUACUGUAAAUAGUGUUUUUAAAUGAGCAUCUGUCAUGCAUACACUAAAACUAUGACUGUGUAAGCUACUGUUUUAACUCUAGACUGUUGCUAGCCAAAGGCAUAAAUGUGACGUCCAACGGCUAAACACAACUACAUAUUAAUGAGUAAUACUUGCAUAACAAAACUACAGGAAUGAGUCUAGCGUUCUGGCUGCACGUUAACGCUCCACCACUCCGUUAUUAUUCCAGCACAGAUGUAAGUGUUGCUCAGUGAACAAGCUAUGGAACAAAAGUGCUCGUCUGCAUCAGAAAACCCAAGUACCUACCCACGUUGCUUUUAUCGCCUGACUUCAAAAAUAACAUCAAAGAUGUUCCCUACAGUCUUUAGAAAAAAAUCUGAGCUACCCAUGGAAAAGCAACAGCUGGAUUCAUAUGGAUGGGAUUCACUGACUAUAAUUUAAAUAUAUAUAUAUGAAAAUUUAUAUAGUUUUUUUUUCUCUCACUGCAAUCAUUGGUCCAGCUGUGUAAGAGUUGUUGGAGUUGGUUUAUGUUUGUAGUCUUGUUCAGUGGCAGUCCCUUUGUAUUUAUUUAAAUGGUUGGGAUUUUCUUUCACAUUCCCAUUCCUCUGUACUCUAUUAUUGUAAAUAUAAAGCAAAUAUACACCAACUGACUACAGGUUUAUUAGCAAUAAAUAUUUUUGCACCCUU